AAUACCGGUGGUCAGUGGACAAACUGACAGCUUGUUCGGCUUCCUGUGGCCACAAAGGGGUGCAGCUGCCCCAGUUGAGGUGCUUGCUGGAUGGGGCUGAAGUCAACACAUCCUACUGCAGAGAGACACCCAAGCCACCUCUGCAGCCUGUUGCAUGCAACAGAAGAGACUGUCCUUCACGAUGGAUGGUGACAUCAUGGUCUCUUUGCACGCGGAGCUGCGGUGGAGGCAUCCAGAUGCGGCGAGUGACCUGUCAGCGCCUGACAGCAAAAGGCAGCUCUGUCCCAAUGUCAAAUGAGGCUUGUGCCCAGGUGUCCAGGCGCCCUGUGGACACACAGAACUGUAACAGGCAGCCCUGUGUUGAGUGGGUGGCCUCCUCCUGGAGCCAGUGUAAUGGGCCUUGCAUUGGACCACGAUUGGCUGUACAGCACAGACAGAUAUUUUGCCAGACCAAAGAUGGGACUUCUGUGUCAUCUGAUCAAUGCAGUGCCUUACCAAGGCCGUUGAGCACACAGAACUGCUGGACUGACAUCUGUGGUGUGCACUGGAGGGUCAGCUUGUGGACUGUCUGCACAGCUACGUGUGGAAACUACGACUUCCAGUCCCGGCGUGUCGACUGUGUGCACAUCCGCACCAACAAGCCUGUGAUGGAGCAUCACUGCUCCUGGAGGCCAAGACCAUCAAACUGGCAGCGCUGCAACAUCACACCAUGUGAAAAUGUGGAGUGCAGAGACACUACAAGGUACUGUGAGAAAGUGAAGCAGCUCAAACUCUGCCAGCUCACCCAGUUUAAGUCACGUUGCUGUGGGACUUGUGGAAAAUCUUGAAGACAGACAAAAUGAAAAUGGAGGAACA